UGGGGGGGGGUUUUGGUUGUUUUUUUGGGGGGUUUUUUUUGGUUGGUUUUUUGUUUUUUUUUUUUUUUGGUUGUUUGUUUUUUUGGCUUUUCCGUGAGGAUUCCUUUGGAAAGGUUUUUAAUGACAUUCCACUGAUCUGAAAUUUUUGCUUGAGGUUGACUUCAAUAAAUCGUUCUGAAUGUUCCAAUGAUGAGAUGAGUCAGUUCCGUCUCGGGGCGGGGCGGGGGGAUAACGGGACUCCGGCUGCGGGUCCCUCCUCCGGGCCGGGCGCGGAGGCUGCGCUCGCCCCGCCCCGGCGGCUCCGCGGGCGGGCAGUGGCCAUGCGGCGAGCGGAGCUGGCGGCCGAGAGCGCGCUGCGGGCGCUGCUCCUCGCCACCUUCGGGAUCAUGGAGUUCCUGCCGCCCUUCCAGCGCGUGGUGCAGCCCGAGGAGAUGUGGCUCUACAAAAACCCCUACGUUGAAGCGGACCAUGUUCCCACAGUGCUUAUGUUUUUCAUCGCAUUUCUGUCUCCCUUGUUGCUCAUCAUCCUGGCGAGGCUGUUCAUGAGCGCCGACCGCGAGGACACGCGGGAAGCCUGCCUUGCUGCCAGCCUUGCUCUUGCCUUGAAUGGGGUUUUUACAAAUGCCCUGAAGCUCGUUGUGGGGAGGCUGCGGCCCGACUUCUUUUACCGCUGCUUCCCGGACGGCCAAGCCAACGCGGAGCUGGUGUGCACAGGGGACGCCCGCAGAGUGACAGAGGGACGGAAAAGCUUCCCCAGCGGACACGCUUCCUUUGCCUUCGCUGGUCUUGCCUUCUCAGCCUUCUACCUGGCGGGAAAGCUGCACACCUUCGUCCCAGGCCGGGGGGGCCGGGCCCUGCACUUCUGUGCCUUCCUCCUCCCGCUCUUCGUGGCCACCCUCAUCGCCGUGUCCCGCACAUGCGACUACAAGCACCACUGGGAAGAUGUGUUGGUUGGCUCAGCGAUGGGCUUGGCGCUCGCGUACCUGUGCUACAGGCAGUACUACCCUCCCCUGGCAGACCCCACGUGCCACAAACCAUCUCUGGCCAAGCCCAAACCGCUGCCGGUGCAUGAGGAGAAGCCUCCAGCUCCCAGCUUCCACCUGAACAUAUAGAGAUGGGCUCUGUCCUGCCUGGCCCCUGGAUGCCUUUGGGGAGGCUGCUCAUGAGAAGUGGCUCUGAUGAGGAUGAACCCCUGGGCAGGUGUUCCCUGCAGAGCCGGUGAGUUUCCUGCCCAGGCCCUUGUGUUGCUUCGGUUAAUUGGAUUUUGUAGGCCACCCCCUCUUCAGGCCCACUGUGAGGCGAGGGAGGCACUCAGGGCGGAAAGACAAUUGCAGUACGAAGGUCCUGAACAAGAGCUGGGAAAAUGUGACAACCCGGUGUGCCCAGUCUGUGGGAAUUCUUGUGUCCAGCCCAGGAAGCACCAUUGGUCACCUCCCUGCAAUCCAGCUGAGCUGUCCCAGCCCUUCUCCUGAGAAAUGAAGUGCAGGACCUGCCAGCUUUGAGUUUUUUCUAAUUUCCCAAAUAAAGUUUAAUUUUUGUACUGAA